UGCUCUCAUUUACACACCCCGGCUCUCCACACGCACGCCGUUCCCCACACUGAGCUUUUCACCAGGUAACCACAUGCGCGGGCCGGUGUCACCGCGCUGAGCCCGGAGAGCACGAAGGGUACCGGGGGUCAGAGAGAGAGAGAGAGACGCGUACAGAGAGUGAGAGAGAGAGAGGCACGAGACGGUGGACCACAUGACCGCCAGAACCGCCGAGGCCUCGGGACUGUCGGUGCCGGUGCACCGCUGUCACGGCGCCCGCACGAACGGCACCGCCACCUGCGCGGAGCAGCUCAGCAUCUUCCCGCCCUUCUCCUCCACCCUCGCGCUCCUCGUGCUGGUGGUCGUACUCGUGGGGAUCAUCCUCGUUUCCCUGGCAACGUUCCACUUCCACAAGAGGAAGCUCCGGAAUCGGAAGAUCCAGCGCGCGCAGGAGGAAUACGAGCGCGACAGUCGCAGCCCGGCGCGCGCCGGCGGCGGGGAGCCCGCGCGGCCGUGCGUCAUCGUGCGGCCGGUGAGACGCGCGGAGGAGGAGGCGGCGGCGGCGGCGGAGGAGGAGGAGGAGGAGGAGAAGGUCUCGGAGGCGGAGGAGAACCCGGCCCCGCCGCACGAGACGGUUCCUCUUGACUGUUAACGCGGCGCAACUUCAGGGAACGAGACUGUGGAAUAAACAGGAAAAGCAAUAAGGCACAAAGAACUCCCACACACACACCUCUCCGCUGCUUGUAGACGACUUAGAAACAGCCAACAUGCAGAACACCGAGCUGAAGACAGAGGUUACACCGACACCCACACACUUUCCUAACGACACUUAGUAUUUAUCCAACCGGAGACUCCUUACCUGACUGUAUAAAGUAUCUGCCUGCUUUGAUUCUUGGACCUCUUCCUCUUCCUCUUCCU